AUGUCUUCAGCGAUGCGUGUUGUUUUUCGCACGGACGACAUAUCUGAAUCUGAACCUGAAAGACUGGCCGAAAUGAUAACGGCCGCGAGAAUUGCCACGCCAUACGUCGAGGGCGCUUCUCUACAACUUGAAAUCAUGCGAAACUACCAGGACUUGCCUUUGCCCCAGGUGACUUCAGCAUCCAUUGUCAAGAUACUCGGUGUCACCAUGUCUUCAGUGAUGCGUAUUAUUCUUCGCCUGGACUCUGGUGAGCCACUAGAGGCAGUUCUCAAGUUAUUUGAUCGUCGUUUCGGGGAAGACCUUCGCAGCAACGGACGGGUACAUUGGCCUUAUAUGCGUGCGUCAGAAAAGGGGUUUAACUCCAUGGUAAGGCGGAAUGACAUGGAUCGUUUCAUCACAAAGCUACUCCAAGACCGAGAGAAGGCUAUGCUUGAAAAGCGGCCUUGGCAUUUUCUUUCCGAUGAUGACGGCGAUGACGACGAUGGCGGCGAGCAUGCAAUAGACAGAUUCGAAGCAGCUGUCUGGCAGGAGUGCGAAGACAUGUUUGAGUGUGAGGUCAAGGCCUACGAGCAUUUGAAAGGCUUUCAAGGCACUGGAAUACCGCGUUUACUGGCCACCGUCCGGUUAGCUGGUGCAAGCUCAAUCGUUCCAUCAGAUCUUAUCAACGAACCGGCUGCGAAAUACUGGCAUGUCAAAGGCAUCCUCCUACAAUAUAUCCCUGGAAUUAAUCUGAUGAACCUCGACAGCUCAUCAAUAGAUGUCAAGGAAUGGGAGCCUCUAGUACAGCGCUCUGUAGACUUGGCUCACGAGAUCAACAAGUCCGGCUUGGUCAUGGACGACUGUUCCCCGCGCAAUGUGAUUGUACAUCAACAAUCGCAACAGCCUUUUUUCAUCGAUUUUGCGCAGUCUUGGCUCAAGCAUGAAAUGAGAAUAAGCUGGGAAACUUCCUCGAGUUCUGGAGGCGAGGAGGAAGAGAAGAAGGAGGAAGAGGACGAUUUUAUCCUGGACGAUGAGUAUUGGGAUCGGGCGGGGACGACUGACAAUCCUGGUGCUAUUGGGGCUGUCAUGACCACACGACUGAAGAGAGAAAAGGGUGUCGAAAUUAAGAUCCAAUACCCAGAUACUAUUAAACUCAUGGUCAGACCGCAAGACUACUACCCAGACUACCAACCAUAA